UUACUUUCAUUUUCUAGUCGACAUGGCCGCUAAGAGAAUCACUUUGCCAGGGACGGAUUUGAAUGUGUCCAGAAUUUGUCUGGGGUGUUGGCAGUUUAAUGGGGGUAAAAAUACCAUCAACUGGGAUGCUCAAACACCCGAGGAAUCUAGAGCAAUAGUGGACAAAUGUUUUGAGAUUGGUGUAAACUUCUUUGACACAGCAGAGGGGUAUGCUGGUUCAGAGGAGGUCCUGGGGGCGUGUCUGGAGGGACGUCGACAGGAUGCAGUCAUUGCUACUAAGUUUGGAUUCCGGGAGGGACCCAAUACUCCUCCUUACUCCCCCCAGCAGAUCGACGAAGCUGUCACGCGGAGUUUAAAUAAACUGAAGACAUCUUAUGUUGACCUGCUGCAGGUUCACUUUGCCAGUUUCUUAGAGAACAUGGAAGAAUCUGUUAAAGAACUAAACAGACAGAUCUCUCUGGGUCGUAUCAAGUAUUAUGGAGUAUCUAACUUUGGACCCAUCAACAUGAAGAACUUUGUGGAAGCCGGAGGAAAACCAGUCACAAACCAGAUCGGUUAUAAUUUGCUGUGGAGGUCGGUGGAAAAUGAAGUGAUCCCCACCUGUAAGAAGUAUGGAGUCAGUAUCCUGGCUUAUUCCCCUUUACAGCAGGGAUUGCUCUCUGGGAGGUUCCUUAAGGUGGACGACGUCCCCCUCGGAAGACGAAGAGGGAAACUCUUCUCUCCAGAGAGUUGUCAUCUAGCAAGACAUGGACAAGAGGGUGCUGAAAAAGAAGUAUUUGAGGCAAUAGCUAAGAUGAAUGAUAUAUGUAAAAAGGCCAACGUUCCUAUGUCUAAGGCUGCAUUAUCCUGGCUGCUUAACCAGCCGAAUGUCCCUGUAGCCAUAGUGGGAGCUAGGACUCCAGAACAAAUGGUGGAAAACUGUGAAAUUAUUGACCUACCUCAGAAUGUCAUCCAGGAGCUGACUGAUGCUACAGAGGCUGUGAAGAAGAAGAUAGGGAACUCCAUCGACCAAUGGGCUCACCCCGACCGCUGUGAAUGAUUGGACUCUAUAUAUAGUCUAGCACUCGGGAAAUUCUUAAUCAUUUUAUGUUUACGCAGUUUAGUUGUAUAGGUAGAGGGAAUUCUGAAUGGCAUUUGAGUUGUAAUGAGCAGUAUUAUUUACAUCUGAUUGUUAAACCAGUAAAUUUAAGAUUUGUGAUUAAGAAUUUAUAUUUUAAUUUUUUUUUACAAUAUACAUGUAGUAAUUGGACUCAACUUGUGCACUUGUACAUGUUAAUGUAGAAAACUGAAUCAUGAAGAAAUUGGGUUUUCUAAUUUUUAAGAAUGAAAAAAAUUGUUUCCUUUUAAUAAGUAGGCUAAUUAGCUGGGAAUCAUUCAUUGAUUUUGGUGAUGUUAUAAAUGGAUUGUAAUUUUUCAAUGUUGAUCAUUAAGAAUAUUGAAAUGAAUAAAUGUGAUUUAAUUGUCAA